CUCAUUCCCUGGAGCUACAGCCAGGAGGCCUGCAACUCCCUUCCUUCACGUUUGCCGGCAGGCACCAGACCACAAAGGACUUGUCUGAGUCUUGCACUGUCUAUACCAUAUCAAAAACGCAGCUUUGUGCUAAGAGGUACUUUUUUCUUUUUUUCUGGAAUAAGACUCUUGAUUUUUCCAACACUGAUAGCCUUAAACAAGAUGGAGGAUUUCCAAUUUGAUGGAAUCAAACGCGUAAGUGUUGACUAUGUGCAGGGAAUUCUUCAACCCACACCCACCUGUGAGACCUGGGAUCAGAUCUGGAACUUUCAAGCCAAACCUGAUGACCUGCUUAUUUCUACCUACCCUAAAGCAGGAACAACAUGGACUCAGGAGAUAGUGGACUUAAUACACAAUGGAGGUGAUGUUAAGAACAGUGAACGAGCACCGACUCAUAUACGAUUUCCUUUCAUCGAAUGGAUAUUUCCAUCCGUAGUAUCUGGUUUGGAACAAGCUAAUGAAAUGCCUUCACCACGGAUCCUGAAAACACAUCUUCCUAUCCACUUGCUACCACCAUCCUUCCUAGAGAAAAACUGUAAGAUAAUCUAUGUAGCAAGGAAUCCCAAGGACAAUAUGGUGUCCUAUUAUCAUUUCCAAAGAAUGAAUAAAGGUCUUCCUGAUCCAGGAACAUGGGAAGAGUAUUUUGAGACUUUUCUGGCUGGGAAAGUGUGUUGGGGCUCUUGGUAUGACCACGUGAAAGGAUGGUGGGAAGCCAAAGACCAACACCGUAUUCUCUACCUCUUCUAUGAGGAAAUGAAGAAGAACCCAAAGCAUGAAAUUCAGAAGCUGGCAGAAUUUAUGGGAAAGACACUCGAUGAUGAAGUUCUAGAAAAAAUUGUCCAUCACACUUCAUUUGAUGUUAUGAAGCAGAAUCCGAUGGCAAACUAUUCCUCAAUUCCUACUGAAGUCAUGAACCACUCCAUUUCUCCAUUCAUGAGAAAAGGGACCGUGGGAGACUGGAAGAAACACUUCACUGUGGCUCAGAACGAGAGAUUUGAUGAAGACUACAAGGAGAAAAUGGCUGAUACCAGCCUCACUUUCCACUUCCAACUCUAGUAAAGAAGAAAAGGAACUAAAAAUUUCUUAGUUAUUACCCAACAUAUUGGGUUAACAGUAACAGUUUAAGACUCAGACCAAAUGAUAGUAAAUUUAGGUUUAGACUAGUUGUUGAUUAUGUUUGCUGUUGUUCACGCUACUAAAAAAAUGAAAUAAAGUAAACAGACAAUUGGUAGAGCUAGUCAAGUUUAGGGGCAAGGAGGAGAGUGGGAGCAGGGUGGCAAUGUGGAUGCAGGGAAACUCAGUAAAUUGCCAGCUACAAUCCUAA